AUGCUGAGUGGAGGGGGGGCAGGAGGGGGAGCAGGAGGGGGACUAGGAGCAGCAGCUGGAGGAGCUUCGGCAAGCCCACGAGCUGCAGAAAGAUCGCCAUCUCCUCCCAAGUCGGAGGGGUUUGCCAUGCCCAAGAAUUCUGGCGACGGGUUAACAGCAGCAGAGCGGAUGAUGAUGAAGAUGGGAUGGAAGGCUGGGCAAGGGCUGGGUAAGCAGGAGCAGGGUAUCACCACUCCUCUCAUGGCAAAGAAGACGGACAAGCACGGAGGAGUGAUUGUGGCUGCCAAGCCUCUGAAGAAAGGGAGUGGAGGAGAGGGAGCGGAGAAUAAUGCUGCUGGUGCUGGGGGAAAGAGGGCGAAGCUGGGUGGUGUGGCACUCAAUGGGCCUCCAUCAAAGGUUGUCCUGCUAAGAAACAUGGUUGGUCCGGGAGAGGUGGAUGAAGAGCUGGAGGAGGAGGUGGCAGGUGAGUGUCUCAAAUAUGGCACUGUAACACGGGUGCUUAUAUUUGAGAUUACAGAUCCUUCCUGUCGACCAGUGGAAGCUGUUCGCAUAUUCAUCACCUUUGAUCGGCCGGAAUCUGCAACCAAGGCACUCGUUGACCUUGAUGGGAGGUUUUUCGGUGGAAGAACAGUACGGGCGUGCUUCUUUGAUGAAGAAAAGUUCAAGAAGAAUGACCUUGCGCCAGGUCCAAAUGAGCCGCCUGUUCCCGACUUUCAGAAAGCCUAG